UUCUCCGUCCGUCCGUGGCCGUGUCGUACCACUUCCGGCGUAGAAGAAGAAAACGCUCAUGCUUCAUGAGCUGAGCUUAACCGGUCCGUCACAGUUUUUAUCUGGAGCAGCUAAAGGACAACAUAGAGUGCACAGCAACAUCUGUGUCACUGUGGGCCCCCUGAGAGCUUGACUGUCAACGAUUAAAGAGCAAGUAUGAGCAGCCUGGAUCAGGACCAGCAUCUUCUACUUAGUUGCCGUGACAAAACAACAGUCCCCACUGAUUCAUCAGACGCUCCUGAGCUGGCCAAACACCCUCUCUGUGGUCUGAAAUUGGCAUCACAUGCAGUGCUUGAGAAAGCACAGCAGAGGGGCAGGUUGAAGUGCCCUAAAUGUGGAGGAUCAAGGAUGUUUUUCUGCUACACAUGCUGCUCGUUACUGGGUGUCGGCUUGCAAGAAAUCCCCUCAAUUAAGCUUCCUGUGAAGAUAGACAUCAUCAAGCAUCCAAAUGAGACAGAUGGGAAGAGCACAGCAGUUCAUGCCAAGAUCCUCGCUCCAAGUGACGUCACCAUAUACACUUACCCCUGCAUACCGGAGUUUGAAAAGGACAAGGUGGUUUUGGUGUUCCCUGGUCCAGGGGCCGUCUCAGUUCAAGACAUGAUGCAGUGUUUACUCGACAGGACCGACGGGUCACAUGAUGAACCGUGCAUAAAGAGGCGGAAAAGUGAGGAAGUUCAUGGUGCCACACACACUGCCAAGAACUCAGAGACGGGGACUCCAGAUGAAGCAAAGGGCUGUGAGUCAAGGGUGUAUCCUCUCCAGAGGGUGGUCUUCAUCGACAGCACAUGGAACCAGACCAACAAGAUCAGCUCAGAUGAGAGACUGCAAGGUCUGCUCCAGGUAGAGCUCAAGACGAGGAAAACAUGUUUCUGGCGCCAUCAGAAGGGCAAACCAGAAACGUACCUGGCUACUAUUGAGGCGAUUUAUUAUUUCCUGAAAGACUUCCAUGAGCAUUGCCUUGCUCAAGAGUAUAAAGGAGAAUAUGACAACCUUCUCUUCUUCUACUCCUUCCUGCAUUCAGUUGUCAACAAAUCAAUGUCUGAAGGAAAACAUUGCAAGGAAAAUAACUUGAAGAAAACAUGAAGUGAGCCAACGA